GACCAUCUCCCCUCGUUUAGCUCUGAGAAAGACAUGGAAACCAGUGGGGUGAUAUUCGAGGCAACUGCCGCGUGCACCCAGAGCUUCAAGGCUUGCUUAGCGGCCAAGGCGCUGACGAAGAAUGAGUGGGCUGAGAAUCGCCUGGCCGACUUCAACCUCUGGGCCUCUGGUAUCGGUGCCUCAACGCGAAGCCGAGCAUCUCUCGACUCGAGGUUGGCUCUCAGACCUGAGACCCGCAACGUGAUAGCGAACGUGUUACGUCUGCUUGCUGAAACUGUCGACAAGUGCAAAAAGCUAGCAAUCUCAGAAACUACUCAAAUUAUUUCAGAACUUAGUGAUGAUGAGGAUUCCCGUGGGCGUCAGGCUACUCUAUCGCCGGAGGAGUCUACACCGCGGUCAUUUUCUCCUUGGUCAGAUGCCUCUGACACGCAGUUGGAGAACGAGGUUGAAAGCCUAUGCUCUAGCGACCCGUUGCACAAGACCAUAAAAGACGUCGAGAUGAUGCUUGAUCAACUCGCUAGGAUCGCCGUUGCAGUCCGACGGUCAGGCAGGCGGUCACGACUUCAGAAAGCAGACCAACGCUUUAAACCAGCGGAGCACGAGGAGUUGCAGAAACAUCUAACCACUAUUUUACUCGCGCGUCCAGAGUUUUCGGAAGACCAAAUUGACGUGUCAAAGCUAAGUGAGAUACAACAACGUCUGGUUCAUUGUAAUCUCAUGCGUCGUAACCGUCUCUUGUAUGCGCAACAACAUUCGAUAUGGCUAGAUACAGAUGCUGCGGCACGUCUAUCUCAAGGGCAGGCCAAUAAUACCCACCCAACAGCCAGUGAAGAGCCAGCCAAGGAAAAACAGAAAUCGCUACCGCUCACUACGAAGCCUUCGAGUGAAGCACCGGCCGUUUUAGCAAAUCCCACCAUAAGAACAGGAACUAGUGCAUCUGCGGUGAGCAACUCUGUUACUUUACCGCUGGAUGUAUUACCAGUACCGGCCGCUUCAACUAUAAUGUCAUCGACUGUGAUCAAUCUCAAAUACCCGCGCCCUCCAAAAAUAGAAAAGGGAGCGCGUAUUUUCAUGUGUCCGUGUUGCUGCCAAACACUUCCCGUGACAUUAUCGGAAGGUAACAGGUGGAAAAAACACGUUGCGGAUGACCUUAGUCCAUACACGUGUAUAUUGCCAGAUUGCGUAAACCCCGAAGUCCUCUUCUCCACAAAGGAAACCUGGCGACAGCAUUUGCUCGAGGGGCACCAAAGCUUUGAGUAUUGGGUAUGCUUUGUCUGUGGAGAUGACAAACGAUUUCAAAACGAAGACGCUUUUACUGAGCAUACGAAGACAUUACACGCUGCAUCUGUGAAGCCCGAUCAGAUUCCACUCCUGCGAGAUAUUUGCAAACGAUCCACUCCUAUGGAGAUUAGAUCUUGCCCGUUGUGUAAUUGGCCAGACGGGGAAAAAGGUACUGUUGAUCAAGGUGUGCUCCUUGACCACAUUGCUAUAGGCAUACACUCUUUCUCGCUCCGGGCAUUACCCUGGGCCGACGAUAACGGCCAAGAGACCGACGAACGAAUUAACAGCAGCGCCAACAAAGUCUAUGAUUGGCUUGCAACAUCCAAGCUGUUGAAAAAUCCUCGUGAAGAAAGACCUUCUCGUGAUAGUAAGGUUUAUUAUUCUGAGCACUUUCAGCGCCAUGCAUAUUUCGCCAAUAGUUCGGCAGCUUCGAGCUCUAGCGAACUUGAAUCGGACGACUCGAUAAAAAAAGAGCUCAAUAAAUGGAAGAAAGAAGGCUCGGUGAGUUUUGGAAGUAUAGAAAGCGAAUAUCUAUCUAAGGAUGGAGCUGGAGUAAACGCGUCGAUGGGAGCAACGCUCCACACGCUCGAAGGCCAUGCUCACCCCGUCACCUCUGUGGCUUUCUCCCCUGAUAGCAAGCAAAUUGUCUCUGGCUCUUUGGAUAAUACAAUAAAGCUUUGGGACAUUACAACAGGAGCAAUGCUUCAAACACUCGAAGGCCAUACUGACUCCGUCACCUCUGUGGCUUUCUCCCCUGAUAGCAAGCAAAUUGUCUCUGGAUCUUGGGAUUAUAAGGUAAGGCUUUGGGACACUAUGACAGGAGCAAUGCUCCAGACGCUUGAAGGCCAUACCAACAUAGUUAUCUCAGUAGCUUUCUCGCCUGACGGCAAGCAGGUCGUAUCUGGAUCUGACGAUGAUACAGUACGGCUCUGGGAUACAGCGACGGGACUGCAGAUUCAGCCAACGCUUGAGGGCCAUAAAGACUCAGUUAUCUCAGUAGCUUUCUCGCCUGACGGCAAGCAGGUCGUAUCUGGAUCUGACGAUGAUACAGUACGGCUCUGGGAUACAGCGACGGGACUGCAGAUUCAGCCAACGCUUGAGGGCCAUAAAGACUUAGUCAACUCAGUAGCUUUCUCGCCUGAUGGCAAGCAGGUCGUAUCUGGAUCUUACGAUAAGACAGUACGGCUCUGGGAUACAGCGACGGGACUGCAGAUUCAGCCAACGCUUGAGGGCCAUAAAGACUCAGUCAACUCAGUAGCUUUCUCGCCUGAUGGCAAGCAGGUCGUAUCUGGAUCUGACGAUAAUACAGUACGGCUCUGGGAUACAGCGACGGGACUGCAGAUUCAGCCAACGCUCGAGGGCCAUAAAAACUUAGUCAACUCAAUAGCUUUCUCGCCUGAUGGCAAGCAGGUCGUAUCUGGAUCUGACGAUAAGACAGUACGGCUCUGGGAUAUAUCUCCGAUGAUUCAAGCUGCUUUAGCUUGAAGUAUUUUGAGGGAGUCGAUAGUCUAUUUCGUGAUGAUAAAGAAAUGAUUAACCGAAUGUUUUCCAGUGCUGACUAAAUGUGGCCUGUUAUAAACUCAAGAGAGUGUGCAAAGUGGACACCUUAAUCGAAGCCCACUGUAUAUAGAUCAUGAUAAUGCUAUUAAGAAAUUUGGUAUGGAGUAAGCAAGGUGAGCGCGAUGCGUGUCUAGCAAGGAAUUACACUCUUGCCUA